AUGAGGUUUCCUCCCAAGGUAUACCAGUUUCUGGUGGGCACCUUUGCUGCACUUGGGUCUUUCCUCUACGGAUAUGACCUUACUAUUGUGGCCGAGGUGGUAUCUAGCGGUUCCUUCCUGAACUACUUUACCCCGACCACCACUGAAAUAGGCCUGGUCGCGUCGCUGCUCACGGCUGGUGCCUUUGUCGGCGCCGGCUUAGCGUACCCGUGCUCGGAUUACUUUGGCCGCCGAGCAACCAUCUUGACUGGUGGAUUGGUCUUCUGCCUCGGUGGUGGAUUGCAGACCGGUGCGCGAAAUUAUGGCUACGUCUUAGGAGGUCGUUUUAUCUCGGGUGUCUCUAUCGGUGUUCUCACCAUGAUCAUUCCAAUUUAUCAAGCAGAAUUGGUCCACCCCAAUAUUCGAGGCUUGGUGACUGGACUGCAACAGUUCAUGCUCGGCAUUGGUGGUGUUUGUGGAAGUUGGAUCAGCUACGGCACUUAUGUCAGCUUUUCAGACAACCGGCAAUGGCGUAUACCAUUGGGCAUUCAGAUCGUUCCGGCUGCUCUUCUGUCCAGUCUGAUCUUCCUCUUCCCAGAGUCACCUCGCUGGCUCAUUAGCCAGGGUCAGCAGGAGAGGGGUCUACAGACCCUGGCACGACUACAUGCCAACGGUAACACGUCCGAUCCUUGGAUUCUCGCCGAGUUUGAACAAAUCAAAGCGCAGGUUGCCGCAGAGAAGGAACAUAGCCAAGUCACAUUAUACCAGUGGAUCAUCGAUAAAUCAAACUUCCGCCGUGUCCUGCUGGCUUGCGCCAUGCAAGCUGCCACGCAAAUGACGGGAGUCUCCGCGAUCCAAUACUAUUCGGUCACCAUCUUUAAACAAAUUGGCAUUGAUGGAACGGACACCUUGCGCUAUCAAGCCAUCAACUCAAUCAUUGGCCUUAUUGGUGAAUUGCUUCUCAUGCUGAUCGUCGAUAAAAUAGGCCGUCGUAAGCUCGUGGUGGGUGGAAACCUUGCCAUGUGUCUCACAUACGUGAUCAGCACAAUUCUUCUCGCCAAAUUCCCUCCCGAGGCGAACAACACGGGCGCACAUUGGGGUUUCAUUAUCAUGACAUGGGUUUAUAAUUUCUGCUUUGCCAGUAUGGGAUCACUGUGUAUGGCCACCUUCCUUUCAUUUCUAUCGUUCCUUGGCCCAGUCACAGAACUCGCCCUUAACGUUUAUUUAGCUUGGAUGAUCCCUGCCGAGAUUUUCGAUACAGCAACCCGAGCCAAGGGUGUAGCCUUGGGCUGCAUGGUAUCAUUCGCCUUUAACACAAUGAUUGGUCAAGUGACACCCAUCGGAAUGGCAAACUCCGGGUGGAGGUUCUACAUCCUUUUUGUGGUCAGUACCCAUCAAAUCGCUCUCCUGGCCUCUCCUUUCCCUCCUGUCUGCAAUUUCACCAAUGCUGUCUUCUUUUGGGCCAUGCUCCCUGAGACAAAACAGUUGCCCUUGGAGGAGAUGAAGAAACUCUUCACCGAGACCCCCUGGUUCAUCGGCAACACUACUAAAAGCGAGCACCGGAUCACAGAGGCCAGUAUGCUGGCGCAGCGAAUCAGGGAACAAGGACUUGAAAGCAAGAAUGGCAUGGCUGAACAUGAGGAGGUAACCGCUUGA